AGCAUGGCUGCAUCUCAGAAGUUUUGCCUUAAAUGGAAUAACUUCCAAAAUAGUGUUACAUCAGUUUUUGACAACCUUCGUCAAGAUGAGGAGCUGGUGGACAUUACAUUGUGUUGUGAGGGCAAGAAGAUAAAGGCACAUAGAAUGAUGCUAUCUGCAUGCAGUCCAUACUUCAGGGAUCUGUUCAAGGACAAUCCAUGCCAGCAUCCACUUUUCUUCCUCAAGGACACAUCAUAUGUGGACAUUGCAGCAGUCAUUGAGUUUGUCUACAAGGGUGAAGUAAAUGUCCUCCAGAGUCAGUUGGGCAGCUUCCUGAAGACUGCAGAGAUGCUCCAAGUCAAAGGCCUCUCAGGAGAUGAUGAUGAUGAGCAGGUGCCCCGAUCUCAGCCAGUUGCGGCGUCCCAUGCGACGGAGCGGCCUCGUCUGGCUGCAGGACCGCCGCUGCCCGCUGCACCGGCCGGCCGGCCGCGGCCGCGCGAGCCGCCCGAUGCGCCAGCCUCGCCCCGACACAAGCGGCGCCGCCUCUCCGGGUCGACAGGCAGCCGACCCGACUCGCCAGUGGCGGUGCACACAGCGCCGGUGGCACCCCCGCCCCCUCACCAGCCGCCCGCCCGUGAUGACUUCAUCAAAGUGGAGAAAAUAGACAUUGCCGACGACGACGAUGACGAGAGCUUAGAGGCCACGCUGGGCCAGGUGUCGACGUUCGAGGCGUCUCAGUUCGACGGGUGGUGGUGA